AUGGAAGCUGAAGAAACAAUGGAAUGUAUCCAGGAGUUCCCAGAACAUUAUAAAGUUAUUUUGGAUAGACUGAAUGAACAGCGUGAGCAGGACCAGUUUACAGACAUCACUCUGAUUGUGGAUGGUCACCAUUUCAAAGCUCAUAAGGCAGUUCUUGCUGCCUGUAGCCAGUUCUUCUACAAAUUCUUUCAAGACUUCACUCAGGAGCCUUUGGUGGAGAUAGAAGGUGUAAGUAACAUGGCAUUUCGUCACCUAAUUGAGUUCACCUAUACAGCGAAACUAAUGGUCCAAGGUGAGGAAGAGGCAAAUGAUGUUUGGAAAGCAGCUGAGUAUCUACAGAUGUUAGAAGCAAUCAAAGCACUUGAAAUCAGGAACAAAGAAAAUUCAUCACCUCUAGAAUCAAAUCAAACACAAGGUAAAAAUAAACCAAAAAAGAGGAAGAUAGCUGAAACCUCUAAUGUUAUCACAGAAAUGUUGCCAUCUGCAGAAUCAGAGCCUGUUGAAAUUGAGGUUGAGAUUGUCCCUUCAGCAAUCGAAGUGGAAGAUGACAGCAUGGAAAUGCUUGAAGAAGUGGCUUCUGCAGAGCAAUCCAUAAAGUACAUCCAGACCACUGGUACGUCAGACGAAUCGGCGUUGGCUCUUUUAGCAGAUAUCACCAGCAAGUAUCGUCAGGGAGAGAGAAAAUGCCAGAUCCAAGAAGAAGGUGACAAUGCAACUGAUCCCUCGUGCAAACAGGAACACAUGAAAACACACUCUACUGAGAGUUACAAGUGUGACAUAUGCAAUAAAAGGUACCUACGAGAGAGUGCUUUGAAACAGCACCUCACCUGUUACCACCUUGAUGAAGGUGGCGCCAGCAAGAAGCAGAGACCUGGCAAAAAAAUACAUAUAUGCCAGUACUGUGAUAAACAGUUUGACCAUUUUGGACACUUUAAGGAGCACCUUCGGAAGCACACAGGACUCCUGGGUGUUGAUAUAUGGCACUGUAUCCUAUCCCAAAUGCCGCUUCAAAGUAGCUGCUUUAAAAAGGCUUUAAAAAUCCCCUACAGAGGAGGGAGUGUUUAUCUGUAUCAACCAAACCAAGUUAAGAACGGAGCUGGAGCUAAAAAGGGAAGAAAGAAGCUGUAUGAAUGUCAGGUAUGUAACAGCGUGUUUAACAGCUGGGAUCAAUUUAAAGACCACUUGGUAAUACACACAGGUGACAAACCCAACCACUGUACCUUAUGUGAUUUGUGGUUCAUGCAAGGCAGCGAGCUGAGAAGGCACCUCAAAGACAUACACAAUAUUUCAGAACAAAUAGUGGCAGAGGAAGUUCUCCCAGUGGAAGCUGAACCAGUAACAUCAAUGACUAUAAUAGAACAAGUGGAGCAAGUCCAUGUGCUGCCAGUAAUCCAGGUACAAGUGGAUCCUGCACAAGUAACUGUGGAGCAGAUGCGCCAGGGUCUCCUCCAGGACAAUCAAGUGAAAGGCAUGCAGAUAGAUGAACUGCAGGAGCAGGUACAAAUUAGUUACUUGGAGGUUGAACACAUUCAGACUGAACAAGGGGCUGAGGUUCAUGUGGAGCGAUUACAUGUUGAGCAUGUAAAUCAAAUACAAAUGGAAGAAGUACAGGCAGAACUUAUAGAUGGAACAGACCUUGAACAAGUAGAAUAUGAAAAUGUUGAUCAAGAGGAAGCAGAAGAGAAGGAGCCUAGUCCAGUAGAAGAUGCAGAAAAGGAAGAUCAUGAACAAGCUGAAGACUUAAAAACUCAACAACUAGUAGAAACACAGCAUGGAAAGGUGGAUGACUAGGACAAAUUACCACAUUGUGCAGGUUUAGGAAUGAAAUACCAAACUAUUUUUGUUAAUUUCUACACUGGUUUUUGCACCAUCAGUGAUCAGCUUUUCAAUAUGCUGUCCCUAGGAAGCUGGGCAAGUGGACCAAA